ACAGUGUUUUGAUUUUGACCGUUGAUUCGUAUUUCCCUAUCUUGUUAUGUACAACAUUUGCAUUCUUGAAAACACUACAAGCGUAGUAGGGAGUACAAAAAGUUAACUUACCGUCCUUAGAGGGCUAUCUGACAAGCAACUGAUGUAUUUUAUAGCAAAAGCAGGCUAGCAAGUAGUUAGCUUUGUAGCUAGCUAGAUUAGUUUCACCAUUUAUUGGUUAACGUUACGCAUCACACGCAAAACUCUUGAGGUAAGGCCUGACCAAAAUGUCUUAGAAUGCAUUUGCUAGUUAACAAAAAUGAAGAUUGAAGACGGGACAGUUGCCUAGUGGGUGACGAAACCAAACUGGAUAACCAGCACCUGUAACGUUAAGAUAGUCAUGUAACGUUUCAUUGUCUUAGUAAUGCUGGCGAACUACCACCGGAGAAAGCUUGUUAUUUUAUUUGCAUAAAACCUAGAUGAUCAGUUCCCAAACAAAUGUGGUCACAUUCAUGUAGCAACAGCACGUAACAAGACGGCUAACUGAUGAACAAUCUCAGUCAACGUUAUUGCAGCCAGUAUUUGCUUUUAAGUCUAUUUGUGUGGGCAUUUUGUUUGUUAAGUCUAAUGUUAUCCCCAGGAUCUGUGUGCAAUUCAUCCGUCAUUCACGGGCAGUUAUAACGACUAAACUAUAAAUUCCAUGACCAGAAACAGAAACGUUAGUUACUUCCGGAUUACCCUUCUCCUUGCUUUGUCACGUGUUAUUCAAAGUGCCUCGCAGAGGUAGUGAUUAAAAAAAAAAGUCAUUGGACACAGUAACAACCGCAACUUGGCAUGAGUGGUCACAUGUGAGAGUUUAAGCUGAGCCAUAUCAGAACAUUUCUAAGUAGUUCGGCACUGGCCAUAUCUAUACAUUCUCUGGUUUGAGUAAGAGAAGAAGGAAAAGUCUUUCGUAUUUAAAGGACAUGGAUCCGGACGUGUCUGUUUUGCUUCACUGUGCUCCCUGGCGGGGUUUGCGAGAACGGCAAAUUCAAGUGGAACUCUCCUCAAGGUUUAACCGGCAUAUUUUAGCAGAUGCAGAAAAGCAUAUAGACUCACUGUGGGAGGAAAGGACCAAAAGAGAACCAUGGCUUUUUAAUGGGGCCAAAUUCAGACUGCACUCAGCCAAGUGGACCAGACCUCCCAGCCCUACAGCCACACCCUAUAAUGCUAGGGGUGCACAAGACGAAGACAAGGUUCCACUGGAAACAUCCAGACAACAGCGCUGCUGCUCAGAUGGGGAAGGGUGUGAUCAUACACAAAAGCACACCCAUUGUGGUGGACAACCAGCUGUCCCAGCUCCUGAGACUUGCAGUGGGGAUCGCCCAGUUGUGAAGUCACACUCUCUGAAGGACACAGGACACCAAAGAGUGAACAAACCAGUUCAGCUGAGUCUCCAGUUAGGGCUGACCUGUUACAAAGACUACCUGGGAACUAACUGGUCCAAGAGGGUGGGUGAGCUUCAGAAGCGUGGAGGAGUUGAGCUGGGAGAUCCACAAGCCUUGCUGGCCCAGCCUUUAGGAGUGGGGGCUGUCAUGACAACCGCUGAUGGACAGGUGGUCCUCCUAAGGAGGAGUCAGAAAGUUGCUGAAGCUGCAGGGCUUUUGGAUAUACCAGGGGGGCAUCCUGAACCAAAGGCUGUCUGUAAGGCCAUCAGUGAAGAGAGCAUCACCGUAGAGCUGCUCCAGGGCAGAGAGGAAGCCGUCCUCAUGGAGAUCUUCUCCUCCGUCUUAGCGGAGAUACGUGAUGAGGUGAAUCUUCCCCUUAGUUCUCUCAGUGAGCCGAUCCUGCUGGGAAUCGCCCUCAACCACACCAGUGCUGGAAGGCCUAGUGCUGAGUUCUAUGUCAGGUGCUCACUGACUGCAGAAGAAGUUAAAAUUCUCUACUGGCGUGGAGGUCCAGAGGCUCACGAAUCCACAGAUGUUGUGUUCCUGAGGGAGACGGAGUGGUUGACUUUGGAUGACAGCGCCCCCCUGUGGUCAGAAUUAUGCCCAUCAGCUAAAGGAGCGAUUAUUCUUCAUCAAGUUGUCAUGCCAGUCAAAGGAGACUUGUGAGAAUUACACCUCUACAUAUUUAACUAAGAUGUCAAAAACCCAUAUAAAUGAUCACAAUGGGAACAUUUAAAAGAAUGUAAAAUUAUUUUAUUGUGUACAACAUUUUAACCGUUUUUUAAACAUCUUUAGCAGUAGCAGAACACAGAAACAAUGUUUUCCCUUUAAAUACUGCCUAUUAGGUAGUGCAAAUGUAGGAAAUUCAACAAUGGCUUGACAAUAUACGUACUUACAAAAUACCUAUGUAAGGUGAACACCCAAAAGUUUAGCAAAAAAGGCAAUACUGUCUCCAUUGGGAGGGGAAAGAACUCUUCCAUGUGUAUUUUAUUUGGCAUUUUUGGCAAUUAUACAUUUGUUAAGUGACGAUGAAUGUUGCAGGUGCAGGGGGGUAAAGAUGUGGGAUCUAUUUUGAUAUUAAAAAAAUGUCCAGAUGUAUUAAAUGUCAUUUUCAGCA